GCCGUUUUUAUGGCGAAAGGCCGCGCGGUCUCCCACUUUAUGGAGCGCUUUGGUUUGGAUCGGAAGCAAGCGCUGGAUCGCUGGGACGCGGAGGUGCAAGCUGCAAAGGUGACGAACCACAACGGACCUGUUGGGUCGACUUUGCAAAUUCCUGUGAAACUAGAUGAUUUUCUGAUAGUGGAGGACGCGAUAGUGGACGAAAAAAUCAAAGAGAAAGAACACAAGAGACAGAAAUUCACUGCUGAGACUGACGAGCUGAUGGAUGACGGGCUGCUCGGCAGAGCAGGCCGGGACGAGGACAUCGAGAAGUUCGGUUUGUCGAAGAUGGACAACCCAGACCUGGUGUCUAGCUUGUUCGGUCGUCCCAACAAGAUUCAGGUGGAUGUCAGUGCGCCCGCUGCCGCCGAGGAGAAGGAGGACAAGGGCCAGGGCAAGGAAGCUCGGAAGUCAUUUGAUCCUGCUACGGAGAAGCUGGCGUUGCAGAACAAGUUGAAUCAGAUGCUCGACAAAGAAGUUGUUGCCUUCACAGAUGAUGAUUUCGAUGCUGCGAUGGCAUCCCUCGAGACUCCGCUCAACGAGCUGGCAGCAAUGAAACUGCUGCGUGCCAGGAAACUGGUUGCUCAGGCUUUGCUUGGAAAAUACGCUCCAGGCAAAGCGCAGACGGAUGAUCCUGCGAAAGCGCAGGCCGAUGUCGAUCACUAUGAGGCCGUCUUGCAAUGCAACCCGGAAGCAGAGCUGCCGGAGACCUUUGCGCAGAUGCACCCUUUGCUGAACAUCUCCCAGAAGCUUGCCAGUGAGUUGAAGACCUUGGCGACACCUGCUGAAAGGAAGAGCAUCGAGUCUGACUUCAAGCCUGUGGUCAACGUCGUGUCGCUGAUGCGGUCAUCCCUCAAAUCUGCGCUAGACAAGACGAGAAAGUUCAGCAAAGAUCGCCAGGCUCGCGAGGACCGGGCGAAGCGCCAGCAAGACCAGCAGGCAGUGAAGGCAAUCGCAACAGAAAAGAAGAAGAGAGAUCAGGAAGCGCAGAAGAUCAACAAAGCUGCGGAAAAACAGGGACGAGUUGACAACAUCUUUGGCAUAGAUUUGCUGAAGCUCGGCAUCCGUGCACUUCCGCAUGUGCCACUCGAGACGGCGGAGGAUAUCAAAAGUCUCGACUUCAAGAAGCCCUUCCUCUUCAAGACCGACUCCCCUGCUCUCUCCGAGCUCCAAGCCGCUUGCCAGGACCCAAAAAUCAAAACAUCCCUGGACAGCUUCUACAACGGCUUUCCAGGCUCUGCGGCCGCCUUGAAAGGGACCAAGCGGUUUACUGUUAUGAUCAAGGAUACGGAGCCCCUACGUGCCAAGAUCUUGGAGAACCUGCAGAUCCCAGUGCUGCCGCCUCCGCGCAUCUCAGCUUUGUCUGAAUUUGCUGUGAUAUGCAUGCUUGCGGAUUGCGGUGUUCAACGCACAUCGCGUGACUGUGCCUGUGAGCGCCGUGUUGCUGAUUCAAGCGAAGCUUCUCAGGUGAUGCAGAUCCGUCGAUCGUGA